AUGAGCAAUACGCCACUAGACCUAUUGAAGUUGAAUUUGGAUGAACGAGUAUACGUGAAGUUACGUGGAGCUCGUUCUAUUACGGGCACAUUACAAGCGUUUGAUUCGCAUUGUAAUAUAGUAUUAAGUGAUUGCACCGAGACCAAAUAUUCGUUAGUUGAUGGGAUAUUGCAAAGUGAAGAACGUGAGUCUGAGAUGUUAUUUGUGCGUGGUGAUUCUGUGACGUUGAUUACCACUCCAGAAGACGAGUAA